AAAAAAAAAAAAAAAGCUACACAUUGGUGUUAACGAAAGAAUGGUGGGUCCCAAAAUCUAAAAACACAUAUUUAAAAAAGAAUUAAAAAUAGAGACGGAAACAAAUAGGUAGAGAAGGGAGUUAGUUGAGCCUCCGCCUCUUAUUACAAACAACACUUGUCCACCAAACUCAUCAUCCUUCUUGUUCUCUCCGCCUUAGAGGAGCUCCUUCUCUUGAAUCUCACAUUCCUCUAUCGAAUAUGGCCACGGCUUUCUCUCCCACCAUUCCUCUCCAUGAGAAUCGUACCUCGCUUCCCGCCACCCGAUUGGUUCCUCCUCCUCCUUCUUCCGCUUUCCUCGGAUCCACCCGUUCUCUCCCCAUUCGCAGACUCAAUCACGCUCUCGCCGCUCGUCGAUCUCCCGUCGUCGCAGUCCAGGAAAUUGUCAAGGAGAAGAAACCCACCAAUAGCCUCUUGAUAACCAAAGAGGAAGGAUUGGUCUUGUAUGAAGACAUGAUUCUCGGUCGUUCUUUCGAAGACAUGUGUGCUCAAAUGUACUACCGAGGCAAGAUGUUUGGUUUUGUCCACUUGUACAACGGCCAAGAAGCUGUCUCGACUGGUUUCAUCAAGCUCCUCACUCAGUCCGAUUCCGUUGUCAGCACGUACCGUGACCAUGUCCACGCACUCAGCAAAGGUGUCUCCGCUCGUGCCGUCAUGAGUGAGCUCUUCGGGAAAGUCACCGGUUGCUGCCGUGGUCAAGGUGGAUCAAUGCACAUGUUCUCUAAAGAACAUAACGUGCUUGGUGGGUUUGCUUUUAUUGGCGAAGGCAUCCCUGUCGCCACUGGUGCUGCCUUCACUUCCAAGUACAAGAGGGAAGUUUUGAAACAGGACUGCGAUGACGUCACUGUUGCUUUCUUCGGAGAUGGGACUUGUAACAACGGACAGUUCUAUGAGUGUCUCAACAUGGCUGCUUUAUAUAAGUUGCCUAUUAUCUUUGUCGUUGAGAAUAACUUGUGGGCGAUUGGGAUGUCUCAUUUGAGGUCUACUUCUGACCCUGAGAUAUGGAAGAAAGGGCCUGCGUUUGGGAUGCCAGGUGUUCAUGUUGACGGUAUGGAUGUGCUGAAGGUGAGAGAAGUGGCUAAAGAGGCAGUCACAAGAGCUAGAAGAGGAGAAGGUCCAACCUUGGUGGAAUGUGAGACUUAUAGGUUCAGAGGACACUCCUUGGCUGAUCCUGAUGAGCUCCGUGAUGCUGCUGAGAAAGCCAAGUACGCGGCAAGAGACCCGAUCACGGCACUGAAGAAGUAUCUGAUAGAGAACAAGCUGGCGAAUGAAGCUGAGCUUAAGUCGAUAGAGAAGAAGAUAGACGAGUUGGUGGAGGAAGCGGUAGAGUUUGCAGACGCGAGUCCACAGCCAGGUAGAAGUCAGUUGCUAGAGAAUGUGUUUGCUGAUCCAAAAGGGUUUGGAAUAGGACCUGAUGGACGUUACAGAUGUGAGGAUCCCAAGUUCACUGAAGGCACAGCUCAAGUCUGAGAAAAGAGAGAGAGAGAGAGAGUUAAAUCAUAAUGUCUUUGGCUUCUGUUUGUUUGAUGUUAUUAAGUUAAAAUGCCACAGAGAAACAGUUUGAAUCAUUUGAACCCUUUCUUCUCUUUUUUUGGAUGGAUAUUGCUAAAUUACAGUUACGUUCUUUCAUGUUUAGUCAG